AUGGACCUUAGGUUGCUUUAUGGAGUUGCUUAUGGGCGUACAUGGUUUGGCAAAUGGGGUUACAAGUUCAGCCGUGGAAGCUUUGGGGUUACACAGCUGAAAUAUGAGAGAGCCAUUCAAAUCCUCAGCUCACUAGACCUGAGUAAGAUUAUUCAUGACUUUUUCAACACAAGGCAAGGCGAAAUGGUUAAAAGAAUCAUUAAUAUCUAUAGGGAUGCUAGUGAGACCAGGAUGAUCACCAUUAGUGAUUUGUUUCAAUUCAUGCUUGCUUUCAAGUCCACUCCUCUCAUCCGAAGGAAAAUAGCAUUGGCAUUGGCUAGAAUUUCAUCAAAAUCGUCAACACACACAACUGAACAGCCAGAAACUUGUUUAUUUAAGGAUCCAAACCACCAUAGUCCUUUUAUUGCUAAAUUCAAUGAGAGUAGAUGGCCUGCGAGAAGAUUGGAUGAUGUAGUCAGAGUGAUUCUUAAUACUUUGGAAGCAAAUGGAUCCAAAAUGCAUCGCCAAACCUUGCGCGAUGCUGUUAGACAACACAUUGGUGACACUGGUUUGAUUGAUUUUGUUAUAAAAAACAUCGAUAAGGUUAUGGUGGAAAAUCGAACCAUUCGUCGUGUGGUCGACCCGGUUACUAGAAAAUUAGUAAUUUCACUUCAAGAUGUUGCUCAAGAAGGGAAAAGUGAAAAGAAAAUGGAGUCCCACGCUGAUAUUCCAGAUCUAGAACCAGGAGUUGAUGUUAGCAAGGAUUUGCAGUUUUUGUGCGAUUAUGUUUUAUUGGGCUACCCUGAUUCUCAUUUGGUUGGUGUAGCAACUAAGGCAAUCUUGGAUUGCAAGCAUUUUGUCAAACAGUGGCAAUUUAAGGGCAGUAGUGAGGAUUCAUUUCUAAGGCUUGUUCUCCGUGUUAGUCCAAGUUACAAUGAGUUGAUGAAAGAGUUGACGCGACCAUUGCCACCAAGUGAUCUUCUGGUUGUCCCACAGUAUGCUACAGUUGAUGAGCUCAAGUUGAUGGUGCAGCGUUCCCUAAGGGAUACAUAUCAUCUGAUGGACAAGUUUGUUGUGAGGGAUAUACAGAUUGGUAAAAUGGAGGAAAAGGAUUACAUGGAUGGGAUAAUGUGUGGAGCGGAGCAAGGUGUGCCGGUUUGGGUUAAGGGGUGUGGGUUAGACUUGGAUACGAAGCUGAGGUAUCAAGGUGGUGCUGAUGAUUGGACGGUGGAUUGUGGUUGUGGGGCUAAAGAUGAUGAUGGGGAGAGGAUGGUUGCUUGUGAUGUUUGCCGUGUGUGGCAACAUACAAGGUGCAACAGCAUUGAGGAUAAUGAAGCUGCCCCACCUAGGUUUCGAUGUUGUAGGUGCCGUGCUGGGAAGAAGUAUUGA